AUGUCGGAUGCGGCUGCGCACAUGGGACGACUUCUUGUCAAAACUCGCAGGCUUGCAAGUUGGCAGACUGCCAGGACGUUGUGCUGUGUGCGUCUAUUCCUCCGCGCCAGCAGCCCCGCCGACAGCCCCGCCAGGCUUGAUCUCAGUGGGCUGAACAAAAAGUGGGCAAACCCUCAAAAAGCGCCUUGCCAUGUCCCAUGCCCAUGCCCGUGCCCAUGGCUGGUCAGGCGAACCCCCGGCCCCGACCAGAGACGCCAGGCGAUCCAGCGCACAACCACCGCGCUUGCACUGAUCGUCGAGACCGCCAGCCGCGCGCUCAUGCACACAUCUCAACCUCAGCGGCUGUCAAUCGAGGAAUCAAACGAAGAGUAA